ACAUAAUUUCCAUCUCUAGUGAAAAGAGACGCCGGCAAAAGCAGCGGCAAACGUUGUAGAAUUAGCAAAAAUUUUCAGUAAAAAACAUUCACAAUGUCCUUCAAAGGCAAUCCAAAAGUGCAGAAGGUGAUGGUCCAGCCCAUCAACCUGAUUUUCCGUUAUCUGCAAAACCGCUCCCGCGUCCAGGUCUGGCUAUAUGAAAAUAUCUCACUUCGUAUUGAGGGCCACAUUGUCGGCUUUGAUGAAUACAUGAAUCUGGUGCUGGACGACGCUGAAGAGGUGUAUCUGAAGACCCGUCAGCGCAAGAGUCUGGGCAGGAUUAUGUUAAAGGGCGACAACAUAACACUGAUACAAAACGUCAAUCCUUCCAAGGAAUAGCCAGACAUUCUACCCCUCUCUCUAGCUACACCUACGAUAGCCUCCUGAUCGUAACUAUAAGUGAAUUAACUGUAAAGCCUAUAUGAAAAUUAAAACAAAAUUUAUAUGUAAA